AUGGUUACCUUCAGCAUUAUUGCCGCGUCACUUCUCUCCUUCUCAUCUUUCACCGCUGCCAAUCCAACGGAGCGCCGACAGUCUACCUACCUCAACUGGAAGACUUUCAGAGCUAACGGCAUCAAUCUUGGUGGAUGGCUCACCCAAGAAGCUGUUAUCGACCCAACUUGGUGGUCUCAGAACUGCGGCACCACAACUGACGAGUGGACUUGCUGUGCCAAACUAGGAUCCAGAUGUGGUCCUGUCCUCGAGCGCCGCUAUGCUACGUUCAUCACGCCCACAGAUAUCGACAAGCUAGCUACUGCUGGCGUGAAUGUCUUGAGAAUCCCAACGACGUAUGCUGCAUGGGUCAAAGUCCCUGGCAGUAACUUCUACAGCGGCAACCAGGCUCAAUUCUUCAAAAAUAUUGCAUCAUAUGCCAUUAAAAAAUACGGCAUGCAUAUCAUCCUUGACAUUCACUCCCUUCCUGGAGGCGUAAACGGCAUGGGCUUCGGUGAAGGCGAAGGUCGCUUUGGGUGGUUUAACAACAUGACGAACCUCGAUUAUUCCCUACGCGCUGUCGAUGCCGCACUGGCUUUUAUUCAAUCCUCCGGAACCCCGCAGUCGUACACGCUCGAACCAAUCAAUGAACCAGUGGACAACCGCGACUUCACAACCUUUGGCACCCCAGCCGCAUUGACGGACAACGGUGUUGUAUGGGUACAGAAGUACUUCGACGCGGUUGUCGCGAAAGCAGCAGCUGUGAACAAGAACACACCCGUCAUGUUGCAGGGUAGCUUCAAAGGUGAAGCAUUCUGGUCUCCCAGGUUCUCAGCUUCAGCUAAUCUGGUCUUCGACGUACACAACUACUAUUUCGCUGGACGUCCCACCGACUCUGAUACUGUGAGUGCAGACAUUUGCUCCGACGCCAAGGCUUCGGCAGGAGAUGGCAAGUUUCCUGUGUUUGUUGGGGAAUGGUCGAUCGAGACGGCGGCGGACAACAAGUUUGCCAACCGCAGGAAGAAUUUAAACACCGGGCUGUACGCUUUCGCAAAGUACACGAGAGGAAGUGCUUACUGGACUGCGAAGUUUUCUGGGAACGUGCCUGUGGCAGGGGAGGGUGUCCAAGGGGAUUACUGGAACUACUCGGCUUUUAUUGAUAUGGGCAUUGUCAAACCUGGUGAAGGCGCACAGUACUGCAACUGA